GUGCUUUCUGUUAAAGAGUUUUGGGCUGAUGAGUAAAAAGUCAGGGAGGAAGACAUGCAUUUGGCUAAUGGCUCUUAUAUUUUGUUUAUUUUUAAAAGGAGAAGUAAAGCCAAUGGGAAAAUUCUCUGAUAAGAACACAUCCUGAUUGCCACUAAGGCUUUAUGUGUUUCUCUCUGUAGGUAUAUAAAUAUAAAGAGAAGAUCCAUUGCAGUGAAGAGAGAACGAGAUACUAGACAGUAACAUACAUACACAGCAAACGCCACAACACAACAAAAAGAGAAAGUCUCCCUCUAGAUUUUCUCUCUUCUACUCAAAAGAGAAGACAACUUUUUCAUCUUUUUCACUACUGUCUGCAGAUCCCAGAUUCCAGAAUUCUCCCAAUUCUCCAUAUAAAAGGGGAAUAUCUUGGAGAGAGAGAGAGUAAGAGAGAGAGAAUAUAUUUUUGAAAAAUGAAGAAUUCAGUUUCAGAACAGAGUUUUUACAUAGAGAGUGAAGAGGAAGAUGAAGAGAACAGAGGUGGAGAAGGUGGUGAAGAUGAUGGAAAUGAUUCAGAAUCUGAUGAUUCUAUGGCUGAUAAUAGGCAACAAAGCAAAACUGGUUCUUACAACACUUCUUGGCCUCAAAGUUACAGGCAGUCAAUUGAUUUAUAUAGUAGUGUACCAUCUCCAAGUGUAAUUCUUGGAACUCCUACACUAUCAAGAUUAGGCAGUUCAUUUCUAUCCUCUUCAAUACUAACAAGAAGACACACUCCAGAAUCACUACCUUCUGUGACAAAGCCUCUAAUAUCAAGGGUAGAAGAUGAGGAGUUGCCACAACACAGGCGGAGUUCUCAUUCUUUACUUCCUCCAAUUCCCUCAAGAAGAUCUUCUAUAAGAAAGGAUGAGAAAGCAUCCCAGAUUUCUCAUGAACUUCCCAUUUCUCGCCAAAGCUCCUACGGCCAGGCUGUGAUUAAUGGCAUGAAUGUUCUAUGUGGAGUUGGAAUUUUAUCUACUCCUUAUGCUGCCAAAGAAGGAGGAUGGCUUGGGCUUUCUAUAUUGCUUAUUUUUGCAGUGCUUUCCUUCUAUACUGGAAUGCUUUUACGUUAUUGCUUGGAUAGUGAACCAGGGCUUGAAACUUAUCCUGACAUUGGCCAAGCUGCUUUUGGCACUAUUGGUCGGGUUGCCAUCUCUAUAAUCUUAUAUGUCGAGUUAUAUGCUUGUUGUGUUGAAUACAUUAUUCUGGAGAGUGAUAACUUAUCCUCUUUAUUUCCAAAUGCACAUUUAAGUUUUGGUGGAUUAGAGUUAAAUUCACACCAUUUAUUUGCUCUGUUGACCACACUUGCUGUUCUUCCAACUGUUUGGCUCCGAGACCUCAGUGUGCUUAGUUAUAUUUCUGCUGGUGGAGUUAUUGCAUCAGUAUUAGUGGUUGUCUGCCUAUUUUGGGUUGGUCUGGUUGAUAAUGUUGGCAUUCAUAGCAAAGGGUCAGCACUGAACCUUGGAACUCUCCCUGUUGCUAUUGGUCUUUAUGGUUAUUGUUACUCAGGACAUGCUGUCUUCCCAAAUAUAUAUACCUCAAUGGCACAGCCUAACAAAUAUCCUGCAGUUCUCUUAGCAUGCUUUGCCAUUUGUACUUUGAUGUAUGCCGGAGCUGCUGUUAUGGGAUACACAAUGUUUGGAGAAUCAACAGCAUCUCAAUUCACUCUUAACAUGCCACAAGAUCUAGUAGCCUCAAAGAUUGCUGUGUGGACCACGGUAGUUAAUCCAUUUACCAAAUAUGCAUUAACCAUGUCCCCAGUGGCAAUGAGUCUGGAAGAAUUGAUACCAUCAGACCAUCUGAAGUCUCACCUUUAUGCUAUCUGCAUUAGGACUGUAUUGGUAAUCUCCACUUUGCUUGUCGGUCUCGCCAUUCCUUUCUUUGGUCUGGUGAUGUCACUGAUUGGAUCCUUACUCACUAUGCUUGUAACCUUGAUACUUCCAUGUGCCUGUUUUCUGAGCAUCUUGAGGGGUAAAGCAACCCGGUUUCAGACUGCACUUUGUAUUAUAAUCAUUAUAGUAGGAGUCAUAUCAUCAGUCUUCGGGACGUACUCAGCCCUGUCCAGAAUCAUUGAGAAUUUGAGCAGCUGAAUUUUGUAUUAUGCCUCCAUCAACAAAGGGUUUAUCUUCUUAUUGUCUUCCAUUUCCAAUUUUGAGAUGAUUUUCUUGUUUUUUUACUCUGUCCUCAUUUCCCCAUUAAUGCAUUCAUAAUCUGCAAUUUUGGUAAAUGUUUUAUUGACAUUACUUAAAGAAGGAUCAGUAUGGCUGUAUCUGAAAGUAGUUUUCAUUCAGCAAAGGCAAAAUGUAUUUUUAAGCUCUUGAAUUUUUUAAUUUUAUUUUAUUAAAUUUUUUAAUUUUUA